CGGGCUGUUUCCUCGUCAUGGCGGAGCCCGAGGAAAUCCCGGAUGUGCAGCUUGCCGGUUUGAAGCGCCCGUCCGUGGAUCUGGAUGGUUUGCAGCGGAAGAAGUUCAAGACGGAGGAGCUGCCGUUGUCCGCGGCGCAACACGCCGCCAUUGAUCACCUUUUGCACGCGUUCAAGAAGAAAGGUGGUUUUGAUGCGAUUCGAAAAAAAGUGUGGGCGGAAUUCGAAGAAGGGGAGGGUAAAGCGGAUUUUACUAAAUCACUGGUCGAACUAGCAGAAUCGGAGAUCGAUCGCGAACCCGAGCUUCUAUCUCGUGAACGCGGGAAAGCCGCGACCCUGAUCGAAGGUGCCGUGGACCGCAGCGAUGUCUACAAAUCCGUCGAGCGUUCCCUUGAUGCGCUGGCCUCCAAUCACCUUCCCACGAUUCUAGAUUCUGUGCGCGACAUCCGACGUCAGGAAAUUGGCGAGGAACCUGCUGCCCAAGAGGAACGCGCCGGGAACAAGACCGACGAGGAUUACGCCGUUCAGGUCAAAGCGAAACGAGACGAGCGCGAAAAGGAGUGGCAGGAGUAUUUGCGCAAACAGAAGGAAAUCGAGGAAGAGGAGGCGCAGCGCAAGGAGGAGGAAGACCGCAAGAAGCGCGAGAUCAAGCGCCAAAAGGAAGAAGAGGACCGCGCCCGCCGAAGAGAGCGCGAAGAAAAACGCCGCGCCGAACAACGGCUGCUGGACGAGCAGCGAGAGAAAGAACGUCAGGAACGAUAUGAGCGGCGGCGACGAGAGGAUCGCGACAGAUACCGCGACUAUGAUCGGUAUCGCGAUAGUGACCGCAGUCGCACUCGAGACCGAGACUCAGACCGAGACCGAUACCGUCGCGAUCGUUCCUCCGGAUACCGUUCUGACCGCGGACUCUCCCCUCGCCAUCGCGACUCCCGAAAAGACACCUCCGCAACCCCCAAGGAGCCCACGCCAGCCCCACUCCCUACUGCCGCGCCUGCCCCGCCGGUGGAUGAGAAGUCUUUGGAGGAAGCAGCUCUGGAGCUCCUUCUAAAAGAAGGCGAAGAGCUGGCAGCCAAAGCCCGACAGAAACCAGAGUUUGACUUCGAGGAAGCCGAAGCGAUCGAAAACGGACUCAAGACGGCCUCGGCACGACCAAAGAGUUCCUCCGAAACCAAACACACCAUGCCCUCGGCGAAGGACGAAGGCAUUUCGGGCGAGUCUGUCACGCAUCACAAACGCAGCUCGGUGGCAGACGAGCGCCCGCAAACUACUCGCAAACGGGACGAGAGUCGGAGCCGCUCGAGGCGGAGGCAUACAUCUCGGUUCGAGGAGGGUCGUCGAGACUCGCGGGACGCGUCCGAUCGACCCCGGGACCGCGACACCGACGAUAGACUUGCAAUCCGUGAUUUCCGAGGGGGAUAUGGCGAUCGCAGCUACCGACCGGCUCGGCGCAGUCGGAGCCGAUCCACUACGCGCGGCCAUGAUCAGGAUAAAAAGCGGGAUCUAGAUCGCAAUCGCGAUGAUCGGGAUCAAAGGUUCGACACUCGCCGGGAUCGCAGUCGAGACCGCGAUAGGGACAGGGAUCGAAGGGAUAGAGACAGAGACCGAGAUAGGGAUAGGGAUAGGGAUAGGGACCGAUAUCGCGAUGAUUACCGUCGCCGUCGCAGCGACUACGCUCGCUCCCGAUCUCGUCCUCGAUAUCGCUCACGCACUCGCUCUCGCUCCAAUCACCGUGACCGUGACCGCGAGCGCGAGCGGGACCGACCUAGAGAUAGGGAUCGCGAGAGGGAUCGAGACGGCAGAGACAGCAGAGACAACCGAGACGCUCGAGACAGCCGGGAUAAUCGAGACAGCCGGGAUAAUCGAGACAGCCGGGACAAUCGAGACAGCCGGGACAAUCGAGACGGCCGGGACAGCAGAGACAACCGGGACAAUCGAGACAGCCGGGAUAGGGACCGGGAUAGGGACAGAGAUAGGGAUCGAGACCCUCGGGAACGCACCCGUGAUCGUGAUCGUGAUCGUGAACCUGAGACCUCACGGCCAUCCCCUUCACCCCGAAAGAGAUCACGCUCGCGCCGUCGAUCACGAUCACGCAGACGAUCGCCCAGACGAUCGCCCAGACGAUCGCCCAGCACCCUCGACAUCGACCGCUACGUGCCCCCGACUAGCAACCGCAGCCGAUCUCCCCGUCGUCGCGUACGAUCUCCCGAACGCAUGGAACGAGAGCGCGAAGAGCGGCCGCGCUACGGGGAAGCCGAUCGAUACAUCCCCGGCGGGGAGCGAGAGCAAGGAGAACGAGGAGAACGAGAUCGAAAACCGGACAACAAGGAACCGGAGCGCAAUCGCGACGCAGACGACCGACGACCGCGCAGGAGAAGUCCCAGUCGGCGCAGGAGUCGCAGCCGAUAGACAGCACCAAAAAAAAAGGGCCAUUCGAUGAAACCGCUUAGUCGGCACACAUGUCUUGUACUUUUUCUUAUUGGAUGUACACUAUUUAGCGAUUGGGAUUGGGAUCUGUAUCAUAUGGAAGUAC